UGCACAAGGACCUGUUGAGCUCACCAAGGGUUUUUGGUAGUCGUUUUCGAGCUGAUUUGAUUGGUGCGUAGCUCUUAUUGUUUUAAUUCUGAUUUAAAAUGAGACGAAUGUGAGGUUAAGCUUGGAUGAGAAAUUCGAAAGGCUUUGUGCCAUUUGUUGAAUUUUGUGUCUGGAGAUGGAUCCUCCUCCUCUGAUGAAUGAUGGUUCCUUCCGCUCUGUAAACACCUCAUCUUAUAGUUUAACUGAGAUUUGGCCGUUUCCGCUCAAUGGAAGCGGCGCCGUUGGCGUUGCUGAGCCUAGUAGUGUUUUGGGAUUGCGGAGGCAUCAUUUUGGGCAGAAUUUGGCUGGAUUUGUGGAGACUACUGGAAGUGGGACUGUCAAUCGAGAUAUGUCAGUCGAUGAGUCAACGGUUACGGAGCAAAGUGGGAGCCGUAGUGGAGCUGGAAGGAAACGUACAGAUGCGGCUUCGGAAGAUGAGUCGUCUAAGCUUGUUUCUACUAGCAGUGGCAAUGACAUGCAGAACGAUUCUGAUGGUAAGCGUCAAAAGGUCUUGGGAUCUGGAGAUGAGAAUGGAGACUCAAAAGUUGACAUGGAUGAAAAUUCAGGAUCUGGUAAUAAGCUAGCUGAACAAAGCACACAACCUACUGAGGGGCCUAAGCAAGAUUACAUCCAUGUUCGAGCAAGAAGGGGUCAAGCUACCGAUAGCCACAGCCUAGCAGAGAGAGCUAGAAGAGAAAAGAUUAGCGAGAGGAUGAAGAUUCUUCAAGACCUGGUCCCUGGUUGUAACAAGGUUAUUGGGAAAGCUCUUGUCCUUGAUGAGAUCAUUAAUUACAUUCAAUCACUGCAGCGUCAGGUUGAGUUCUUGUCCAUGAAGCUUGAAGCUGUUAAUUCAAGAAUAAGCCCUAACAUUGAAGGAUUUCCUCCAAAAGAUUUCGGUGAACAAACAUUUGAUACCACUGGAAUGGCUUUCAGUUCACAAGCAACAAGAGAAUAUGGCCAAGGAUCAGCACAGGAGUGGCUGCAUAUGCAGGUUGGUAGCGGUUUUGAAAGAGCAACAUAGUUCUAGGAAGUCCUCGUCAAUUGGCAAUAAGGACAUCAAACAACCAGUUACCUGGUUCAAUUGCUGUCAACAAAUAUAGCCCCAUGUCUUGAUUGAUCGAGGCACCUUAUUAUUGUUUUCUAAAUCUGGUGUGGAGCUGUUUCUUUGUUUAUAUGAGUGUGCUUAAAUUGAAAAUUUGAGCGGCCUCCAUUUCUGCGGAUUAGAAAAUCCAUUCUUUUACCUUCAUAUAUCAUCUAACAGGAUUUCCUGUUCACUGUUGUAUCAGUAGCCUGAAACAGAACAUUCUCCUAUGAAUUGUUCCUGAACUCUAUCUAUGACCUAACUAAAGCAGGAUUUCUCAUAGUU